AUGGAGCUGGGAGGGGCCUUCACCAUUUUUCUGGCACUCUGCUUGUCUUGUCUGAUCAUCCUCAUUGCCUGGAAAAGAAUUGACAGGGGAGGAAAGCUUCCCCCAGGUCCUACACCAAUUCCCUUCCUAGGAAACCUGCUGCAAGUCCGAACUGAAGGAACUUUUCAGUCUCUAAUGAAGCUCCAUGAGAAAUAUGGCCCAGUGUUCACAGUGUACAUGGGUCCCCGGCCAGUAGUUGUUUUAUGUGGACAUGAGGCAGUGAAGGAGGCCCUGGUAGACCAAGCAGAUGAUUUCAGUGGACGUGGAGAAAUAGCUUCAAUAGAGCGAAACUUCCAAGGUUAUGGUGUAGCUCUGGCCAAUGGAGACCGAUGGAGGAUUCUUCGACGUUUUUCCCUGAGUAUCCUUCGGGACUUUGGGAUGGGAAAGAGAAGCAUUGAGGAGCGAAUCCAGGAGGAGGCUGGCUACCUACUGAAGGAAUUUCGGAAGACCAAAGGUGCCCCAAUUGAACCUACCUUCUUCCUGAGCCGCACUGUCUCCAACGUCAUCAGUUCUGUUGUCUUCGGAAGCCGAUUUGACUAUGAAGACAAGCAGUUCCUGAACCUGCUGCAGUUGAUCAAUGAGAGUUUCAUUGAGAUGAGCAUCCCUUGGGCACAGCUAUAUGACAUGUACUCGGUAGUCAUGCAAUAUUUCCCAGGAAGGCACAAUCGCAUCUACUACUUGAUAGAGAAACUGAAGGACUUCAUUGCAUCCAGGGUCAAGAUUAAUGAAGCAUCUCUGGAUCCCCAAAACCCUCGGGACUUCAUUGACUGCUUCCUCAUCAAGAUGCACCAGGAAAAAAAUAAUCCCCACACAGAAUUCAACAUCAAGAACUUGGUCCUCACCACUCUCAACCUCUUCUUUGCUGGCACAGAAACCGUGAGCUCUACACUACGUUAUGGAUUCCUGCUGCUAAUGAAGUAUCCUGAGGUGGAAACUAAGAUCUAUGAAGAGAUUAACCAGGUGAUUGGACCACACCGGAUCCCAAGUGUGGAUGACCGAUCUAAGAUGCCCUACACAGAUGCUGUUAUCCAUGAGAUACAGAGAUUGACUGACAUUGUGCCCAUGGGUGUCCCCCAUAUCGUCAUCCGGGACACUCAGUUCCGAGGGUACUGUCUCCCCAAGGGCACAGAUGUGUAUCCCUUGCUUGGUUCAGUCCUCCGUGACCCAAAAUACUUCCGCUACCCAGAUGCCUUCUAUCCCCAACAUUUCCUGGAUGAGCAAGGACGCUUCAAGAAGAACGAAGCUUUUGUUGCCUUUUCCUCUGGAAAGCGUGUCUGUCUGGGGGAAAGCAUGGCCCGUAUGGAACUCUUCCUCUACUUCACCUCCAUCCUUCAGAACUUCUCCUUACAUUCUCUGGUGCCACCUGCUGACAUUGAUGUCACUCCUCGGAUCUCUGGCUUUGGCAACAUCCCUCCAAUUUAUAAGCUCUGCUUGAAGGCCCGCUGAGUACUCCUCAUUAUUGGUCAAAGUCCCACUACAAAACUAAGCUGUUCUCCCCCACCUCACCUCCUCCUAA